AUGAACGGGAAUAAUCCAGAGAAGUACAAAUAUAGAAUAGAGAUUCAACAGAUGAUGUUUGUCAGUGGUGAAACAAAUGACCCACCUAUAGAGACAACAUCAUUAAUUGAAGAUAUCGUGAAAGGACAAGUUGUUGAGAUUAUUGUUCAAUCAACAAAGACAGCAAAUGCUAGGGGAAGUAAAUCAGUUUUACCUGAAGAUAUCAUCUUUCUGAUCAGAAGCGACAAGGCUAAAGUUAACAGAUUGAGAACUUAUUUAUCAUGGAAAGAUGUUCGUAAAAAUGCCAAAGACCAAGAAUCCGGUGGUGUUGAAGGAACUGAUCUUAUAGAUGAUUCGAUGGGACAAGGUGGUAAAAAUGCUAAUGAUAUGAUGAAACUGAAAAAAUCAAAGAUAAGGCUACCCUGGGAAUUACAGUUCAUGUUUUCUGAACAACCUUUAGAUGAUGAAAAUGAAGAACCUGACGAUGCUGAGAGAGAAGCAACAUUAGUUUCUUUGAAAAGAUUAAAAACUGCAGACGAUAGAACUAAAAAUAUGACAAAGGAUGAAUAUGUGCACUGGUCAGAAUGUCGUCAAGCUUCAUUUACAUUCCGUAAAGGUAGAAGAUUCAAAGAUUGGGCUGGGUUUUCUGCAUUAAGUGAUGGUAAGCCAAGUGAUGAUGUUAUUGAUAUUUUAGGGUUUUUAACUUUUGAAAUUGUUUGUUCAUUGACCGAGGAAGCACUGAUUGUGAAACAAGAGGAAGAAAGCUUAAAUAAGCUAUCAGUCUCUGCAAAACAAACCAGCGACAGAGAAAAGAAGAGAAAACACUUGUUUGAUGGUCCUGAUGAAGCUGCAAAACCCUUAUCUCCAGAGCAUAUAUUGGAAGCAUGGAGAAGAUUACAGAAAAUCAAACCGAAACACAAGGCUUUGCGUAAUUUCGCUGGUGGAAGACUUUUAUCUACAGCAAAUGUUAUAUAA